AUGGCGAUCAUUGUAAACCAUGCUCUGGACAAUGGUCUGAGCCCACAUGUUCUGGUCGCACUCCGUAUGGUCGUUGCUGCAAUCCUCGUUUGUCCUUUUGCUAUUGUCAUGGAAAGACCAGUGCUUAGCCAAAAUUUCUCCUACACUGGGAUGAAAUAUACUACUGCAACAUUUAAUGUUUCCAUGAGCAAUAUUCUUCCUGCCACGACAUUUAUAAUGGCUUGGAUUUUCAGGCUUGAAAUUGUGAAACUUAGGAAGCUACAUGGCCAGGCAAAGAUAGUGGGAACCCUAGUGGCCAUUGGGGGCGGAAUUAUAAUGACAUUUGUAAAGGGAAAUCUCCUGGAUUUGCCAUGGAAGAAUGGAAUAAACAUAAUUUUCAAGAAAUCAGCAACUGAUGUAGAACAUACAGAUCUAAUGAAGGGUGCCGGACUAAUCGUAGUUGGUUUGUUUUGCUGGUCUUGUUUCAUCAUUUUGCAAGCACAUAUAUUAAGAUCCUACCCUUCAGUGCUCAGUCUCGCAGCUUUGGUAUGCAUUUUAGGCUCCAUCGAAGGCAUCAUACUGGCCUUCCUAGUCGAAAGAGGAAACACAAAAAUCUGGUCAAUCUUCAACCCAGAUGCUAAACUUUUAGCCGUGAUUUAUGGUGGAAUGAUGUCCUGCUUAACCUAUCUCAUAAUGGGCUGGUUAAUGAAGAAAAGAGGACCAGUUUUUGUAACGUCUUUUAAUCCUCUGGGCAUGGUUCUCGUCACAAUUUUCAGCUCAUUUUUUCUAGCUGAGAGACUCUUCCUAGGAAGGGUUCUUGGAGCAGCUGUGAUUAUCAUUGGAUUGUGCAUGGUGUUAUGGGGUAAAAGCAAAGACCAACGUCAUUCAAAUUCACAAAACAUUCAAGAAGACGACGCCGUCGCCGCUGCUGCACAAAAUGGUCCACAAACGGCUGUAAUCAAUGGUGAUAUAGAGAGUCCAAGCCAGUCCAAUGUGAUUUUUGAUGAGUGA